UGAUCCACAGUGCUUCCUCAAUGUAGAUGGUGAAGUUCCAGCAUCGGGAAGACGUCCCGAUAAGCAUGACGUGAAUUGAAAAAUAGACCAGUCCUAGCGCUUUGACGAGGCAUCCUGACAUGCACAUGACAUGAACAGCUUGGUAUUUCAAUGAACAACAACAAGUGCAAGGCUGCCUUCGCAGAGAGAUAUAUUUAGGGAUAAGAAAUCUCCGUCUAGUCCAUUCAUCACAUUAGGUUAUAAGAAACUGUGAUCGACGAAUACGAAGAUUAUACUGCUGGUUCUGAUUUUUGUUCGCACAUAAUUGCAGACGGAGAUCGACAGCUGCGACACCAUGUCCCCAAACGUAACUAACGGGUCAGACCAGCAGCAAGCUGGGCAUUACCCGUCGUCUUCGAGUUCCGGACCUAUACGGCGGACAAAGGGCUCAUCCUUAAGGCUUGAUACAAUCCAAGAACCUUCUACAACAACUAGCAGGACUACCUCGACUUAAUAUACCAGGGGUUUUUAGUAUUGUCUUCUAUUUCCAACGAUCAGUUUCUUGUUCUGUUUCCCUCUACUUGGGAUUCUGAAGAAAUGAAGCGAACGAGCGAAUUGUUUUGAGCUCUAAUACCCACAGCCAGAAAUAUGACGAAUUUGCAGGUCGGCGACCGAGUGCACGCUAAGUGGGGGGGCAAUGGAUGCUGGUACCUCGCUGCGGUCAAUGCUAUAUCGACCAGCGGGAGGCGUGUCACAGUCGACUGGGACGACGGCGACACGAGUGACCGCACUGUCGAAGCAAGAGAUGUCUGCAAGGUGGUUUGAAUACCAUGUGAUCUAUUCUUAAUCUGUGAGUGUGCACUACUUGUACUAUGUAUGUAAAUGAUGUACGCACUACUUCUACAACUAGUAAGUUGUGAAGGAUGUAGUUUUCUAUUAUUUCUGCUUCAACACGACAACACCAGCAAACUACCGCUAAAAGUAAAAGAGCUUAUUUUACGUGGGCUCUUGAUCUAAGUAUUAUGUGAUGCAUUAUCUAUCAUUAUCUCUGCCGCUUUCAUCUGACAGCGGCACGGACUUGCUUUUAGGAGCAAGAGGGCACGCGUAAUAUUUAACACUGGACAGGUGUCAGACGAAUCGACUCCAUCUACGGAGGCCGAGAUCGACGCGAUAAGUUAUGUAGAUGAACUGCCGGGAAAAGGGCGAUGUCUUUUUGUGCGAAAUUUCACAAAAGCAGGGUAUAAAUUUUUACCGCUUUUUUUAGUCGUUAAGUUUCUGGGCUCGCUGAGCGUUGAUUCAGUUGAAUAGUAACCUUGGCACCUUCGGAUCAAUGCUGGAGAGGCACAGGCUGUGUCAUUUGGUAUUCUUUGGGAUUGAGUACUACUUGCUCGUCCCUAGAAACGCAUGACAGUGCUUCUAGAUUUUUCUUUCUCAAACAUACGAUGUAGGGGCGUUCUUUUCAUCGAGCGGCCACUUCUUGUGUCGGUUCCAUCGAAGUAUCCAGCUUUGUGGGCAGCACUAUCGGCGGCGAACGAGGUGGAGCCAGUUGCUCUGGGCACAACAACCUUUCAUUUCGCCGCAUUACUGUCGUGGCUUUGCCUCAACGACACUGACUUGAAGAAAAUUGUGGAUAAGUUUGCGCCGGACGAAGAAACUAGUACAGUGUCCAGGGACGCGGAGCGCCUCCUUGAGUUGCUGCCUCCGUUUCUCAAUCACGACGGUGCGGCGGCAGCAAUAGGUGUACGUCCCGAAAUUGUGCGCUUUACGAUGCCUACGCCGCAGUAUAUGCAAGCACUUCUGAGCGCUUGGCGAUACAACUCUUUCGGCCAUCAUGGUGAAGAAGGACUUGUGCUUUACCACAGGAUAAGCAUGGCGGCACAUGGGUACUACUAUACUCUACUUGGGAGAAGAAAGUAUUCUCUACUGCUCCUACUUCUACUAGUGAGCAAGAAAGGCCUAGUUUGACAACGACAAGACCGAAUUGAGAUUCAAAGUAAAAUCUUGUACAGCUAGGUAGACUUGCGAUUGAAUGUACUUAACGUGAAGACAACAAAUCAUGAUUAUGUAGAUGAUUUGGCUCGCUUCCGGAGAACAUCAUUCAACUCGAUAAUUAUAUGAACAAUAAGGUGUGACCCGACCUGCUGUUGGACGUACGGCGAUGAGGAUUCCUUCGUUCUACGCGCUCGUGUGACACUCGAACCCGGUGCAGAGUUGACCCUCAGCUAUCUGCAGGAUGACGACCUGCUGAGGGCAACGAACAUCAGGCGACAGAAACUGGAGAACUGGAAGUUUCACUGCCUCUGCAACCGGUGCUUGAUCAUGGUGGACACGUGUCGCGGGUUCCGAUGUCUCAAAUGUCGCUCCGGGGCGCACUACUACAUCGAGCACCCGCCGGACGACCUGAAAGAACACGUAAGCGGCCCAGACUUGGAGGUAGACAGCGGAGCAGAUGUGUUCAUGUCCCCUACAAACAGUCCGACUGGAGGCUCUUUAUGAAAUUUCACGAGCGCAUUGAUCAUCUACAAUAGACAGAGAGUGUUUCCCGCAUCCAUAAGUAUUAUCAAAUUUCCAUUGUUCUAAAUCUAAUCUUGUUUCGUUAUUAAACUAAGUGCUUCCUUUGCUGAUUUAUUUGAAUGACAAUGUUUAUGAUUUUCCCUGGACUAUAACGACACUGAUCUUCCUCACUUAGACUAAUGACACUGACCAUUUUCCCUAGUAGACCUCCUGGAAUGAUGUUGGCUUUCAUUUUGCAACAAGAACCGGCGAUCAUUGCUGACCCCAUGCGAGGUCUGCGGCGAGGUUUGCCGUGAGGCUGAAGAGAAGCAAUGUUUAGACUUGGAACCAGACUACAUUCAGCGGAUCGAGAAUCUCGAUAAGGACAACAUCCAUGACAUCGAGUUGGUGUACAACGCGAGUCUGGACUUUUUUCACGACAUGCAUUGGUGUCUUUUCGCUUGCGACCAGCUGAUCUGGCAAUACUACCGGGAUCGGGAUCCGGUCUUGGCGUUGAUGCACCAAGAAAAAAAAGUGAACUAUCACUCUCGUGCCUAUCCGAGGCCUACCUUUGUGUGGGCAUGGGGGCUAGAAGAACUCGCGGACAGCAUGCAAAAAAGGUACUCCUUUCAGAAAGGCACUCGCUUUUAAUAAUAUCGUCGUGUUUAUAAUUCAAUAACGACCUCCUCCUGUACUCUUAUCUAUGAAAGACGUACAAGAAUUCUUGUACGUCUUUCAUAGAUAAGAGUACAGGAGGAGGUCGUUAUUGAAUUAUAAACACGACGAUAUUAUUAAAAGCGAGUGCCUGUUACAACAAGAAAAUCCCUAUAAAAAUGUAGACCUAGACUUUUUGUUGUUGUUGUGAAGAGUGCUAGAUUUGUGGGAAGAUAUUGCAUUCGCAGUGUUGCACAAAAUGUCUUUGUUUGAUGGAAAGAAAAUGAAUUUAUUACAACUCUCCACCAACAUAGUCCGAAUGCAUUCGAGCGGCCGUCGCGGGUAGCACAAAUGAUGAACUUGUAUCGUAAAGCACAGUGCCAAUUGGGCAUACUAUGCGGGCCAGGCCAUCCUUACGCGAUCGGACCGCAAAAUAAGUGGCAUGCUGCUCAACAAAAAUUUUCAGAACUGAUGAACAAGUGAAGAUGGCAAGUCGUAGUCAGAAGGCGGUAUGCAUGAACAAGUGAUGGUAAGUCAUAUUGAACAGUCUUCUAUCUUCAUCCCUGGGUGCUGUGAAAAUAUGUAAACGAGUAGAGACCACGAGCCCGCAGGAUGAGCUUCUUUUUUCGAGAUUAACUCAGUUUUUAUUUAACAAGCUGCAGCAGGCAAGCUCGUUUUCUUCGAUCUUUCUUCACAAUGUUGUGCGCUGCUGAAAUCAAAUUUUGUAGUUCAUUCACCCAAUCAGGAUCGCAAAUGCUCUGUCGUUAUGUCGGCUUAGUCCGUAUGGGCGUAGCAUAAAGACAUACAUUCAUAAUUUAAAGACAGAGGAGGUAUAGUACUCAAUACUAGUGCUGAUGUAAAACCUCUAGGACUAUUAUAUGAUUACAUUGCCGCCCCAUUUUCUUCUGAAUAGAAAGACUAGUUCCAAUACCCUCGCCCUGCGAAUGAAGACGUCAUCUUGAUUUUCCGUGGUGAUCUAGUGUGUGUUGCAAGUCCUCGGCGAUGCGUGUCGUGACAGUCUGUCAUAGUGUCCUUGCUCGCCAUUUACUCAAUGUCGCAAGUAGGAGUACGCGGCAUGGAAGAAGAAUACACAGCGUGCAUGCCCCCCGUACCACAUGGGCACAGCCACAUGCCGACUAGACUUUCCUCUUUCGCGCGCUUGUCGAUGACCUACUGCGGGCUUCUAAGCGUGGCGUCGUAUGUCAUAUUCGUCCGAUGAGCUGACCAAGCAUGGAGCAGUAGUUGCCAGUAAAUUGCCGUAGUUCAUCUAGUAGAUUGCCUUAUGCACCAAAUCAAUAUCCAUGUAAAUCCCAGUUGAGAACUUAAAUAUCUGGACCACUUGAAAUGAAGUUAUGAAAUAACUCCGUCUGCAAUUUUAUUUUUAGAAACUAUCUUGUCUCGCCAGUGGUAGAGAAUGGCCAGUACUUGCUUAUCAUUGUCAAACAAAUCCUCUUCCAUUUGCCCCUUUUCGUUCUAGAGAAUACAUUUUGAUUAUCAACACGAUAUCCGAUCGAUCUAAAGAGGUCCAUAGAAGUGGCGCAACUCGCGCUAGGCACAUCAUAUGGUAGCCCACCUUUCUUCUCCCAAAAAUAGUUGAUGAUUUUUGAUCUUUUUUGUGACAUCGCUUUCUUCGUCAAAAGAAUCUCUCUCUUCCGUUUCUGUGUGUUGCUCUGAUGCACAUUCGGCUUUUACGUAUCUGAAUUCAAGAAAGUAUUAAGUAUUUUACGCUCCUGAACAAGUACGACUACUGCUAUUCCAUUAAACUCGCUUACUAUGGAUUCUAAUUUAAGUGUCCGUUCCAUGUGGAUUGAAAUGAAAAC